AUGCCGGAACUGACUGAAGAACGUGUCGUGCAGUACCUACGAGAUAACCCAUCAGUACUCGAAAACUAUGUCACUGGCCCAAAUGUCUCCUCAGAAACGUUCCAGAAGUGGAUACAGCGAAGAAAUAACUGGAAUCAUUUGAGACGAGACGCCAAGAAGAUUUUCAAUGGAGCUUGGGGAGUGAGUAUUCACGCUUCUUUGUCGAUGAUUGUAGAAACUUCUUGGCAUGUUACGCAAUCGAGAUGCUAUUUAUAUCACAUGGAGUGA